UCGUCAUUUUUUCUCAUUUUGUUCCCUUAAUUUAUGCUGAAAAGCACAAUAUGGAUGCUAUAGCGUUUCAUAAUUGUUGGACGAGCUGCCAUUAAGUGGCAUUGCCCGCUAUAUAAAACUUUGGCAAGUAUCCAAGACUAGAAAUGAAUGGCUACGUCUAACGAGACGGAUAUGUCGCUCGUGCGGACAACGGUGCAAGAGUUGGCAGCAACCGUCGAGGAGCCGCCGCGAGAGUACGUGGUUGAUGAGAUGUUGGACGCUGCUGAUGAGAUGCCAGAGCCGAUCCCUCUGAUCGAUCUUAGCCGGCUGACGGCCGUCGACGAAGCCGACAAGCUCCGGGCGGCUCUACAGACCUGGGGCCUCUUCCUGGUGACCAACCAUGGAAUUGAGGAGUCUCUCAUGGAUGCCAUGAUGAGUGCAUCGAGAGAAUUUUUCAGGCAACCGUCUGAAGAAAAGCAGAAAUACAGCAACUUGAUAGAUGGCAAGCACUUCGAGAUGGAAGGCUAUGGAAAUGACAAAGUAGUGACUCAGGAUCAGGGCCUGAGUUGGAACGACCGCUUGCAUUUGAGAGUGGAGCCAGAAGAUGAGAGGAAUUUCGCCAAGUGGCCCACUCACCCGGCAUCUUUCAGGGAUGUGCUACAUGAGUACGCAUCAAACACGAAGAGAACAAGGGACCUUAUCUUGAGAUCAAUAGCCAAGCUCCUAGACCUUGAUGAGGAUUACUUCGUCAACCAAAUAUCAAACAAGGCUAUUGGGUUUGCUAGAUUCAACUACUACCCUCCAUGUCCCAGGCCUGACCUAGUUCUGGGCCGGAGGUCUCACACUGAUGGUGGUCUCCUUACCAUCCUUUUUGUCGACCAAGACGUCGGUGGAUUGCAAGUUGAGAGGGCUGGGAAAUGGUAUAAUGUUCCAGCCAAGCCUUAUACGUUGGUGAUUAACGUAGCAGACUGCAUGGAGAUAAUGACCAACGGAAUCUUUAGGAGCCCAGUUCACAGGGUGGUGACGAAUGCCGACAAGGAGAGGCUUUCACUGGCCAGGUUUUAUGCUGUGGAUGCGGAAACGGUGCUGGAGCCGGCGCCUAGUUUAUUGGAUGACAAGCGACCACCAAGAUAUGAGAAAAUCAAGGCCAAGGAUUUCGUUUCUUUUUCUCGACUGAAAAGUUCGUAGUUGGGCUCUUUGAACAUUAUUUUUCCCUACGUCAAGGGAAAAGAUUCAUCGAGACCUGAAAAAUAUAAG